AUGUUAUCCGCAAGAUCGGCCAUAUUUAGGCAUGUGGGUCGCUGUCGGGGUACCUGUAGUAGGCCGCCAUUGGCGCGGCGCGAAGUCGGCCGGCCUGGUAUAAAAGAUGGAAUUGUCGCGCAGGCAAAGUGGGCAUACGUCUCGAGACAGAUAAGGCAACAGAGUGAUAUCGCAUCGCUGCCCCAACAAUCGCACACUGCUCAAUCAACCCCACCACCUUCUCCUAACCCGAGUCCUGUGACCAAACGCCCUUUCUACAUACGCUUACCCGUUGCCCUCGCGCUUACACUCCUCACCUUCACCACCGGCUUCAUCAUGGCUGGCGCCCCCGCAGUUCAAUCCCUCCAGGAGCUCGCCAACCCACCGACGGAUGCCGAGACACUCGAACUUUUCAACCCCUCCACCGAAGAAGUCGCAGAGAUCGAGAAGAGCAUAUUCGAGCACCCGCUCACCAAGAGCCUACUCGCGGACCCCAAAUUCAUUGCCGUGCGCCCGCAUCUCAAAAUUCCCGAGCAACUUCGCGCCCAGAAUCUUACCGGUGGAACACUCCUCGGACCCGACAAGAUUGCCUCACCACCCCUUCAAUUCUACACAGCCGAUGGCAUGCAGUAUAUUUCGAUACAAUACCUCGGCAGCGCACUAUGCGGACACCCAGGCAUCAUACACGGAGGUCUCCUAGCCACACUUCUCGACGAAGCCCUCGUACGCUGCUGUUUCCCCGCGCUCCCCAACAAAGUCGGAGUCACAGCUAGCCUGACAAUAAACUACAAGGCACCCUGUAUGGCAGGUCAAAUCGUAGUCGUACAUGCUGAGACGACCAAGGUUGAGGGCAGGAAAGCGUGGACAAAGGGUCGGCUCGAGACGCUGCCCAAGGCGGAGGAUUGGGACCAGGGGAAGAAGAAUGGGGUUGUGCUGACCGAGGCUGAGGCACUGGUUAUCGAGCCGAGACAGGCGGCGCAGAUGAAGAGAGUAGUGAAUUAG